AUGCUGGAACAGUACGGUACCCCGGACGGCCGGACGAGGAGGCCAUCCCUUUCCCUGCGCGGCUUGGGUUCGAUCUUCGUCGGAGGAAGAUGGUACGUGGUGAUCAGGGUUCCCAAGAGCUUGCGCGCCAAGCGCGAGCUCCUCAAGCACGCGCCCAAGAUUGUUGAGAAAGGCAAGAAGAUGCUUAUCCUCUACGGUACAAAGACUAGUGCGGUUCUGAACUCUGUGCUGGCAGAUCUUUUCCACCCGAAGCGUGACCAUGCAGUGAAAUACACCAAGAAAGACAGCAUCAUGCGAUUUGAGAGAGGGGGUGAAACUUCUCCCGAGUUCUUCUCCCUUGAGUCUGAGUGCAGUCUUUUAAUUAGUGGUAAGUUCCAUUAUUAUGGUUCUCAUUCAAAGAUGAGGCCCACCAAUCUUGUUUUGGGAAGGAUUUAUGAUCACCACAUAUACGACCUUACUGAGAACUACAAAUCCAUAGAAUCCUAUGUAUAUGUUAAGAAGUUGGCUCCUAAGCUUGGAACAAAGCCUUUCUUUGCCUUCAUCGGAGAGCAAUUUGAGAGUGUUGAAGAGCUGAAGAAUUCGAAAGAAAUGCUGGUUGAUCAUUUCAAUGGAGAGGUGGUAGAUAAUCUGAACCUUGUUGGCGUUGAUCGGAUAUUUGUCUGCAGAACUUCUUUUUUUUGAGUUUAAGGCAGUCGAUCCUGCCACCCGAUUAGAUAGAAUAGAAUGUGUAAUUACAGAAAUGAACCACAUCAAAAGGAGGGGGAGCGAGGCGGAGGCCGAGCGAUCAACACGUCAGGAUGAGGAGCGUCUGGUGGAGUUGAUGAAGGAAAUGGUGCUGGGCAGCGAGGAGGAGAAUGCAACGAACGCCGGUGGUGGAAGGAGGGAGGAGCUGACGGUGAUCUGCAGCUCCCACCGUUGUCAACUAAGUUGUUGCUUGAUUGCCCAGGUUGUGUUAAUAAAUUUUACUUUAUUA